AUGGUCACAGGUCCUGAUAUGUUAUGGUUGGUUAUUACGAGUGGCAUAGCAUGUUUUUUUAUGGCCUUUGUUACUGGAGCUAACGACAUAGCGAACACAUUUAGUACAUCUAUAGGUUCAAAAGCUAUUUCUAUAAAAAAGGCUUUAAUUGUUGCAUUUUUUUUUGAAGCAUUAGGAGCUUCCUUAUUAGGAGGUACAGUUACUGAUUCCAUACGUUCGAAGAUAAUAAAUUUUCAAGUUUUCUAUGACACUCCAGAAUUUUUAAUGUUAGGAAUGUGUUGUGCCCUUAUGGGUGCAACGGUUUGGUUAGCUGUAGCUACAAGAGCUGGAUUACCUGUAUCAACAACUCAUAGUAUUAUAGGAGCAUUAUUAGGUUUUGGAUUAGCGACAGGUAAUAUGAAAUCAAUAAAAUGGGAAAAAAUUAAUAAUAUUGUAAUAUCUUGGUUAGCUGCUCCAAUAUUAGCUGGAACCUGUUCUGCAAUAGCAUUUACUGUAUUAAGAAUGUUAAUUUUGAGAAAAAAAAAUUCUUUUGAAAUAAUAAAAAAGAUGUAUUGGUUUUUAAUAUUUUUAAUUACCUUACCAUUUAGUGUUUUUUUAAUAUUCCAUAACCCAAUAGUAAUAAAUACACAAUGUAAAAUGAAGAAAGAUGGAAAAGUGAUUGUAUCAUCACCAUGUUAUAUUGAAGACUGGAGUGCUGCUCAUAGUUUUUAUGCGUCUAUUAUAUGUAUCAUAUUAUCAUCUGUAUUAACAGCAAUAGGUUCUUUUGUUAUAUAUAUUAUAUAUAACAAAAGGAUAAAUAAUUACAAUUUGAAGAAAAAAAUUUUUUGUGAAGAAUUAGCUGAUAUAGAAAAGAACCCACAGAAUAAUUUCUGCGCAAUUAUUAACAGUAGUUUAAAUUCUGUAGCAUCAAAUGAAACCCAGUUAACCCAAGCAAAUAACAAAACACCUAAUGGAACCAAGCAAAACCAAGUAGUUAAUAGCACUAAGAGUAAUAAUAGUAUUAUAUUAGUAUUACCAGGUGAUAAAAAUGUAAAGAGUCAACAAGAUGAUUCCAAAACAAAAGGAACCGACAAAACAGGAAGUGUAGAAUCACAUCAUGUGGUACAUAUUAAAGAUAAUGAAAGCGAAGAGAAAUCUCAUGAAAAUAUGUUAAAAAAGAAUGUUGAUAAGGUUACCAACAUGAACGAAAAUAAUAAUAACAGCAACAGCAAUAAUGGUAACAUUAAUAGUAAGAGUAAUGAGGGAAAAGGUAAAGGAGGAGGAGAUUUAAAAAAUAUGGAAAAUGUUAUUAUAGAAAACUUCGAUCCACAAACAGAAAUUGUAUUUUCCUCCUUACAAAUUAUAAGUGCUAUAUUAGGUGUUGUAGCUCAAAGUGCUAACGAUACAGCUAAUGCUAUCGGUCCAUUUGCUGCUGUGUUUAAUACAUAUAAUAAUGGAAUUAGAGGGAAAAUUAAAGUACAGUGGUAUAUACUUUUAUUUGGGGGUUUAUCCAUGUCUUUAGGUUUAUCUAUUAUGGGAUAUAGAGUUAUUAAAACUGUUGGUAUGAAGUUAAUUAAAAUAACACCUGCUAGAGGUUUUACCAUAGAACUUAUUUCCGGACUUGUUGUUUUAUUUUUUAGUAUAUGUGGUAUUCCUUUAAGUUCUACACACUGUGCAGUUUCUAGUGUUAUAGGUUUAGGUCUAGUUGAGGCCAAAAUGAAUGCAGAUAAUAAAAAACAUGCAAGAAAAUCUAUGGACAAGGAUAUAAUUCAAGUUGACAAGGAUAAAAGUUUUACCCUAACAGAAAAAAUUAAAUAUCCAUUUUCUUUUCUUAAUACAUCUUGUGUUAAUCUGAGAUUAUUUAGAACAGUUUUUCUUUCUUGGAUACUUACUGUAGUUUUUUCAGCUACUGUGACCGCAGGUAUUUACUCCUUCGCAGCAUAUAGUCCAUCUUACAUAAUGAAGAUGCAAACUGUUUAA